CCAAUGGUCAAUUAGUGAGCAACAACAUUUUACGACAGAGACAGGGGAGAGAAACACCUUAUCGUCUCCCUCCCCUCUCGUCUGACGUCUCUCUUCCAUUGUUCAUUAACUAACUACUGACAUACACACACAUUCAAAAGAAUAUAUAUAAAUUAAUUAAUUAUAAACAGAAUACAAGAAAAAACCCACCAUAUCAGACCACCAGCCGAGCCGGUUCCCUAAUGGCGAUAGCGGCGGCGGCGGCAGCCACAAUGAUCACAAGUAGCAGUAAGUUUUUGAGGUUCGGAGUUCAAUGCUCUGAUAAUUCUAGCCCAAGGCGUGGUUUUGGUUCCAAAUCUGACAACAACACCAACAACAAAAAAGUGCGCAGCAGCAGCUCAAGGGAGGAAAAGGGUAUGGCGUUACAACAAAGAAAAUCAACUACUAAACAAUCUGGUGCCUCGUUACCUUCUCAGGCACCUGGUUUAAGUUCUCGUUUUGAUGGAAAGUCUAGCAGGAAUUCUGCAGACACUGAUUUUGAGGAACGGCUGCAAGCAGUUAGAAGGUCAGCACUUGAACAGAAAAAGACAGAAGCAAUUAAAGAGUUUGGACCCAUUGACUAUGAUGAACCAGUUAAAACUGAAAACAAGACAAUUGGACUUGGAACUAAGAUUGGAGUAGGAGUAGCUGUUCUGGUCUUUGGCUUGGUUUUUGCUCUUGGAGACUUUCUUCCUUCAGGAAGUGAUGGUCCAACAGAAGAAGCUACAGUAGUCAAUAAAAAGCUAUCAGAAGAAGAGCAGAAUACUCUUCGGGCUAGGUUGAAACAAUAUGAAUUGACACUCAGCACUGCCCCUAAGGAUUCAAUUGCACUUGAAGGAGCUGCAGUAACAUUGGCUGAAUUAGGAGAAUAUACUCGGGCUGCCUCUCUGCUUCAGGACUUGGCAAAGGAGAAACCAGGCGAUCCUGAUGUUUUUCGUUUGCUUGGAGAAAUUAAAUAUGAACUCAAAGAUUAUGAUGGGAGUGCUGCUGCAUAUAGGAUUUCUGCAGCGGUAUCAAAAAAUGUUGAUUUUGAAGUUCUGCGUGGUCAUGCUAAUGCAUUGCUUGCUGCUAAGAAACCAGAUGAGGCUGUUCAAGUCCUCUUGGCUUCUCGUGCUAAGCUAAAUUCUGGAAAAUCAAGCAGUGUUGAUAUUAAGGUCGAUGGGAAUGGUAUGGAAAUUGAAUCACAGGAGGUGGACCCUAUUCAAGUUGACUUGCUUCUUGGGAAGGCUUAUUCAGAUUGGGGACAUGUAAGUGAUGCCGUGUCAGUUUAUGAUCAGCUUAUUUCUAGUCACCCUGAUGACUUCCGUGGUUACCUGGCAAAGGGAAUUAUAUUAAAAGAAAACGGGAAUGUUGGAGAUGCAGAGAGGAUGUUUAUCCAGGCACGAUUUUUUGCACCGGAGAAGGCCAAGGUGCUCGUUGAUCGUUAUGCAAGAAAGUGAACAAUUAAUUGUAUAUUUGCAUGUUCCAAGCCUGAGCAUUCUCAACGGGGCCAGACGCACCUGGUGUAUACAGCAUGAUAAUCAAGACUCCAGUUUUUCGAAGGAUACACACAGCAUGAUUAGGCGAGCUUGACUGGCCUCUAUUUAACUCCGCUGUUGCCUGUUUGGACUGUGUAUAGUAGUCAAGGGAGUUUUGAAACCCGAAGGAGAGAGGGGGAGUGCAUGUGCUCCCUUUAUACUCAUUAUUAUUUAAAGAAGCCUUAGGGUGAAAGUGUAAAGAUGUGUUUGGAAUUGUGGUAGCUAUUAUAGUUGUGGUUUGAAAAAAAUUAUUUUAUAAAAUGUAAUUUUAAUUGAA